GCACUCUCUCAUACGCGGCGUGCGCCAGUGUCGGAAAGACGAGAGAGUUACUCGAGCGGUUUGUCGGUGCGUAUUGUGAGCAGAUCAUUCGGCGUGUGUGGUACCGAGAGAGGACUUCGGUGUUUCAACAGGACAUCUCUCCCUACGAGUUCGAUUUCUUUCGCUCCCACGCCGGCGCCUUCAAACGCAUGUGGCACGACAGAGUCUUGCAAAUUUGCUGGUCUCUCUGUGUCACAGUGCAGUUGGUUUGACUACUUUCUGUGGAACAUGGAUCAUGAAAGAUUUCCCAUGUACGCGAGAGAGGAAGCUAGGGAGUAUAUUGACGAGAUGGUGGGGAAUACAUCAGGGAGCAGUUUGUGAGUCGUCGGGUUCACUGCUGCCAAGGCACUUCUCAUGGACUGUGUGAUUGUGGCUCAGAACCGAACUGCAUUCUCCUCCUGGAGAAGGCCAACUAUGCCCAAGUCCAUUGCAUGAAGGAGACGAGGAGAAGUAUUCAGACAACUGUUUGGUCCUCAAACCAACAAGAGGACAUUCAUGAAGGUACUGUGCGGACUGCCAGUGUAUGUGAAGUUCGCGGUGUGCGGCAGUGCUUGCCUCCGUCGCUGGCUGACUGCGGAAAACCAUUCCUUCCGACGAAAACUUGAGGAAGAAUCCUAGCGUCUGUUCACAAAGUCAGUUCACCUCUGUCCCUCUUUCUAUUGCACAAACGUUGCACAAUACUAUCACAUCGUGUUUCUGGCCGUUGCAUUGAAAAAGGGAGUGGUCUAACCGACACACCUUCAUUUCACUCCCGUACAAUUUCCUUUAAAAUGCACACAUGUUGCCAUAUCUCAAUAUCACACUAUCGCUCCACUUCAUUUUUGGUAC